UUGACAUUGUAUUGAUUGGAGUUUUGUUUUGCAUGGAGGUUGCGAGGAGGGAAUUUACGAAACAGUUUGUGAUACAUCCACUAGUUUGACAUUCAUUUUACUAACACAGAAAGUAUUAUUACGGAUAAAGUCGUAAGGGAGCCGUUAUGGGAGACAACAACAAAGGCGCGAAAGAGAGAGUAGCAGAGGAAUCUUCGGCUGACUUGAGAGGCAUUAAGAGAUGCAUAGAAUGGGAAGAGUAUCAGGCUCAUUCAAAGAAGCUCAGGACUGAUACACAUGUUAAAGGAGAAAAAAUUUAUACAAAUGAAAGGGUGUUCAAAAAACGUGAAGAAGAAAUAUCUGUAAAGAAAAAUGGGUCAGCUGAGUGCAGUUCAUCAAUCCAGUAUAUUAGAAAUGAGAUUGCCAUUAAGAGAGUGUAUAAGGAACCUAGCAGCGAGAGCAGAAGCACAGAGAGUACUGAGACGGAAGAAUGUGAUCUACAGCCUGCUCCAUCAGUUGGUCGUAGACUGAAGUCUUUGGUGUUGGCUCCUGUUCCAAGGGGAGAUGGUUUACUUAACAAGCCAGAACAAGUUUCAACGCUUUGUGAACCAUGUGCUGAACCAUCUAAACAGAAGGAAUAUGUUGAACCCGACAGGUGGCCCACAGAUCACAGUGAAUUGGAUGAACCACAUGCAGAAUCACCUAAGGAGAAGAAAUUUUUUAAACCCAGCAGGUGGCCCAUGGAUCACAAUGAAUCAGGUGAGCUGUAUGCUAAAUCAUAUAAACAGAAGAAAUAUUUUAAACCCAGCUGGUGGCCCAUGGACCACGAUGAAUCAGGUGAACCAUAUGCUGAAUCACCUAGACAGAAGAAAUAUUUUAAACCCAGCUGGAGGCCCAGAGACCACAAUGAAUCAGGUGAACCAUAUGCUGAAUCACCUAGACAGAAGAAAUAUUUUACACCUAGCAGGUGGCACAGAGACCACAAUGAAUCAGGUGAACCAUAUGCUGAGUCAGCUAGACAGAAGAAAUAUUUUAAACCCAGCUGGUGGCACAGAGACCACAAUGAAUCAGGUGAACCAUAUGCUGAGUCAGCUAGACAGAAGAAAUAUUUUAAACCCAGCUGGUGGCACAGAGACCACAAUGAAUCAGGUGAACCAUAUGCUGAGUCAGCUAGACAGAAGAAAUAUUUUAAACCCAGCUGGUGGCACAGAGACCACAAUGAAUCAGGUGAACCAUAUGCUGAAUCAGCUAGACAGAGGAAAUAUUUUAAACCUAGCUGGUGGCACAGAGACCACAAUGAAUCUGGUGAACUAUAUGCUGAAUCACCUAGACAGAAGAAAUAUUUUAAACCUAGCUGGUGGCACAGAGACCACAAUGAAUCAGGUGAACCAUAUGGUGAAUCAGCUAGACAGAAGAAAUAUUUUAAACCCAGCUGGUGGCACAGAGACCACAAUGAAUCAGGUGAACCAUAUGCUGAAUCAGCUAGACAGAAGAAAUAUUUUAAACCUAGCUGGUGGCACAGAGACCACAAUGAAUCAGGUGAACCAUAUGCUGAAUCAGCUAGACAGAAGAAAUAUUUUAAACCCAGCUGGUGGCACCGAGACCACAAUGAAUCAGGUGAGCCAUAUGCUGAAUCAGCUAGGCAGAAGAAAUAUUUUAAACCCAGGUGGUGGCACAGAGACCACAACGAAUCAGGUGAACCAUAUCCUGAAUCAUCUAAACAGAAGAAAUUUUUUAAACCCAGCAGGUGGCCCACAGACCACGAUGUAUCAGAUGAACCGUAUGCUGAAUCAUCUAAACAGAAGAAAUUUUACAAAUCCAGCUGGUGGCCCAUGGAUCACGAUGAAUCAGGUGAUCCAUAUGCUAAAUCAUCUACGCAGAAGAAAUUUUUUAAACCCAGCAGGUGGCCCAUGGACUACAAUGUAUCAGGUGAACCAUACGCUGAAUCAUUUAAACGCAAGAAAUUUUUUAGACCUGGCAGGUGGCCCACGGAUCACGAAGAAUCUGCUGAGCCAUAUGCUGAAUCAUCUAGACAGAAGAAAUUUUUUAAAGCUAGUAGAUGUCCCAGAUAUCACAAUGAAUCAGGUGAACCAUAUGCUGAAUCAUCUAAACAGGAAAAAUUUUUUAAACCUGGCAGGUGGCCCACAGAACACAAUGCAUCAGGUGAACCAUAUGGUAAAUCGUUUAAACAGAAGAAAUUUCUUAAACCCAGCAGGUGGCCCACAGAUCACCAUGAAUCAGAAACUUGCUGCACGCCAAAGACGCCAAAAAGACAGUAUAAAUCUCAUAGCUGGUCUGAUGAAGAUGAAAUAUUUGGUGCAGAGUACACAAAACCAGUUCAUCUGGAGCAUGACCGUAGAUCUCUUGGCUGGUUUGAUGGUGAUGAAAUUUCAGAAGAUGAGUGGGCAGUUGAGAAAAGUAGGAGAAGCAACGCAGAGGAACAUAUUAACGUCACUGAAGACGACAUAUUGGAAGAGGAGUUUCAGGAGGAAUUAAAUAAUAGUGACGAGUGUAUUGAGGAAGACUUGAGUAAUUAUGAAUUGAACUCUUCAAGCUCUGAUGCAGAAUCACACUCAAAUUCAGGGAAGAGACCAGCAAAAAAGCACAUCAAGGAAUUGAGAGGUGCAAAACAUGCAGACCCACAGUUCAUGCAUUCGAGAUCAAGAAAGUCAAAAUAUUAUGAUGACUACAUGAGGAAAUUGAAUUACCUUUUACAUGAUGCAAGAUUUUUUGUUAUGAAGAGCAGCUGUGUUGAAAAUAUAACAUUAUCAAAAGCAAAGGGAGUGUGGUCAACUUUACCACAAAAUGAAGUCAAAUUGAAUGAAGCCUUCCAGGAAAAUUCUAAUGUGUUUCUUAUAUUUUCAAUUAAGGGGAGUGGAAGGUUUGCAGGAUUUGCAAGACUCAAAUGUGAAUCUCAGUGGGAUAUUCUGCCUGUAUCCUGGAUGCUACCUCCACAAAUACCAGCAGAAUCACUUGGAGGUGUGUUCAAAAUCGACUGGCUGUGCAGGAAAAGCCUUCUGUUCGUAGAAACAAACCAUUUAUGCAACCCAUGGAAUGAAGAUAAACCUGUUAGAAUAAGCAGAGAUGGGCAGGAAAUUGAACCCCAUGUUGGGAAGAAGCUGUGCAGAUUAUUUCCCAUAGAUGAAGGAGUUGACCUAACAGCAAUCCUACAUAAGUCAAAGAUUCCAAGAAGAAGGCACAGAAGUAGCCAUUCCAGGCACCGGUAUAUAGAACAAGAAGAAAGAGAAUUCGAUACCUAUGGGCACAGCCACUCAUUUGGGAGGGGAAAAUGGGGACAUGUCGAACCAGAUUCCAGGAAGCAUGCCAAGAAAGCAAGAGGGUUAUCUCCUGGCAGGUCCAAGAAGAAAGAGAGACAUGAUCGGCAUCCACAGCAUUACCAACAGGAAAAUGAAGAAGUUGAUGAUUCUGUGGAGCCUCAGUAUCCACGCUAUUAUGAUGGAGCACCUCUACCAGAAUAUUAUCCUAGUAUGAGAACCCACAACAGACAUAAGUAUUUGUGUGACAAACUGACAGAAGAUUCCCCAAGUAAAACAGCAGAAGGAAAACAUAUGAGCGAUGAAGAUCACCACAAAAAGAAAUCCACUGAUUAAGUCAUAGUGUCUAUGAAUAUCUUAUUGUGUUUUUUAAAAUUCUAAAUGUUGUGUCAGUGUGCUUUUCCUUAAUCUAAAUUUGAAGAUUACUGAAAUUUUGUUGAGUCUGAGUGAAACUGUCAAUUGUUAGGAAACCUGCUUAACCAUUAUACAACAUUCCUUAUUAGUUUGCAGCCACUGUGUACCAUAAAUAUAGUUUAUAUUACUUGAUGUAUUGGGUGCUAUAUGUGUAAAAUGAGUGUUAUAUGUGUUGACUGACUGUUCUACAAGUGAAAAUGCAUUGUUGGUGAAUGGAGGGUGCUGACACAUCCAUGUUUAAUGUAUUGUCCACAUCGUUAGUAUUAUCAAGAAGUGUUAGAUAUCUAUGUGAAGUGGUUCAUUGUGAUCUGCUGUUGGCUCAUUGCCAGAGAACUUUAGUAACAAGUGUAAUGGGUAAGUCAAUGAGACCCAUUUCUGUUUAAUAAAUGAUGUGGUCAUCUUGAGCAGAUAUUACCAUGUGGAAGAGGGAUGGACAAUUUGAUUGUAAUACCUUGAGUUAGAGCUAUUUUAUCCUCAAGAUUUUAUAGUGGUGCGAGACAAGACAAGUGUGUUCAAUAUCCAUAAGUUGGCAUUUUAUAUAUUAACGUGGUACUUAUGGAAAGAAGGGAGAUACUAGUCUGUUACAACUUACGUGGCUCACUUAAAAGAAAAACUGAAGAUUUGCAGCUGAAGCAGUGGCUUUGCUGAUGGAUUAAAUACUUCAUCUUUGAUAUGUACCUAAAACAAAGUGUUCUUUUCCUGUUAUUUAUUUUGAAACACAUUUUGAUAUUGAAGAGAUUGUAAAUUCCAAUACUACUUUAUUGUGACUAACAUCAAAGUAACAUAACUGCCUCAGUGUAUUUAGUUACUAUUUGUAAUGACAACAUUGAAAAUGGAAAAUGUUGCACCUGUUUCAUUGGGAAUAUUUGGUACUGUUACUCUCACAAAUAUUGAAUUUCAUUGCUAUCACAAACAUUUGGUGUUGUUGCUCUUUUGCUUCCUUGUUUGCCCAUUUACCAUUGGUACACAAAAACAAGUACUGUAAUAAUUUUCAUACCUGUCAGAAAACUUAAAUUGUAAUUUGCUUGUUCAAAUAUCAAGCUCAGGUAAUUUCAUAGGGAUUGUAUUGCACUAAAUCUCUGUGAGACAGUAUAUCUAAUGCCAUAAUACAAAAUUUAUGGACUGCAACUUCCAUUGACUUCUGCAGUGCUCACUUUCAUACAAGUGUCUUAUGUAUUAUGUAAAUAGCAGGAUAUGGCUAGUUGGGGAUUUGAAGAAAAAGGUGAAAGAGGGUGACAGCUGAAUGUUUGCUUUCAUUGUGCCCAUUCAUUUUUAUACUUGUAGUUGAAAGUUGGCUUGUACCCUACAAGAGAUUUAUUUCAAUUAAUUUCCUAAGAGACUAGUUCUCAAAGACUUUGUAAGUUUAAUUUAAAAACUUAAGACUCAUUAAAACUGGAAGCAGCUGCAUGGGUACACAGUGUGCUUUGCCCAAUAGAAUUUUGUAAUGUCAGACUCCCUACAACACUUGACACACAGUUUUUGAGGUUCACUUGCACCCUGUGCACUGGUUGCUUUGUUGCAGACAUGAGAAACUAUUCUUGUGAUUACAGACAUGUGCCAUUAUAAUCACAAUUAUGUGUACAGUGUACAAUUCCAAAUCAUAUCUGUCUCACAUCAUUGUCUUUUUUUUUCUCAUAUUUGUAUUUGUCAUGAGGCUGAUCACUCAUGAACAUAUGUUCCAAGCCAAAAUCAGGUAAAGUCUAAGUUUCUUCAGAAAUUUUCUAUACUUUCCAGCUGUAUUGUGUUCAGAAAUUAGGUGGAGAUCUGCUAUGGUAGUGAGGGAGUAAUUACACUCUGUCUCCAGUACAUUAAAAGAAUUUAUUUUUAUUCAGUACAGGAAAUUUGGAUGAGCUUCUAAUUUAAUUUUGUGGUGAUAGGAAAAAAAACUUCUAGUGUAUUGAUAGUUAUUACUGUUGAUCUAUGUCUGGAGAGAGUGGGUAACACAGAUUGGGUUAAGUGAUUGUAUGACACUGUAAUGGUGAUGUGAUAACACUUUCAACAGGCUCACAGUUGAAACAUAUUGUGUCCUUGUGUACAGAAUUUGUGGGUUUAUUGGUUCUUCAAUCCAUUUCAAAACCUCCACUUCAAAUUAUCUUAGUGCAUAGUACAUCUAAACUGAGUGAAACCUGAACAAGUUUUUAGUUUUGCAAGCUUGGCAUCAAAUUGCAUUCCGUUGAGCUGUAGAUACGUUUGUCACAUAGCUGUUAAUGUUGAUCAGCAGUCUGCACAUAAUAUUUCAUUAGAAAAUGAUGUUAUGUGAGAUACAAAUUUCUCUGUCCAAAUUCCAGUAAAAUGAAGAUGAAGUUUUGAUUUUGUUACAUUAUCAUUCACUCAUUUCUUCAAACAUUUAUUCAGAACUAAUAAUUGUAUGGCUGGGGAAGUUAUAGGUUAAUUCAAAACUGGAAAUGAUAUUAUUUCAAAUCACAUUUCACAGUAACAGCUCUUAUGUCAAACAUUUCUAAUGUACAAAGAAGUGUCACAAAAUUAACAUCUUUAGCUGAAAUGUAACUGUUCCCACAGUACCUUCGCUAUUGUGCCAAAGACUCCAUGCAGUAUUUACUUCAAGCCUCUCUCCAUGUCUUGUGGAACAUUACAUAUGUUCAUGUUUUAUUGACUGUGAGAAUAAUAGCUGAUUUUAAUUUCUAAGUACUCAGGAGAUGCCAAAAAUGUGCUCAUAUUUAAAUGAGAUUGAUGUUUUGUGUGACCUGUAGUAUCAAAAUAAUGUGCUCAUAUUUAAAUGUGAUUGAUGUUCUGUGUCACCUGCAGUAUCAAAAUGUAUGAAAUAUGUUCAUUAUCUCAUGUAGUAUAUUCUUAAGUUUAUUUUAUGUAUGUUUUAGUAGACCUAGAAUUCAUUUCAUACAGACAUUUAUUCAGGUCUGAGAAGUAUCAAAAGAAGACUGUAUUUUUCACUUAUAAAUUAUGAAAUUAUGGAAAUCAAGAAUUGCAUGAAUAUUACAUGUGUUAUUUGUGUCAUUAAUUUUGUAUGUAAAUGUUUAUAAA